AUGGCGCCGGAAAGUACACACGUUGUCGUCGUUGUCUUCUCAGUAGUAAUCAGUCUGACCCUAGGUGCUCAUGAGAUCCCAGACACUGUUCACAACAGCUAUACGAAUCCCGGGGAUUUCUUCAUCGGUGGGUUGUUUCCGUUUCACCACAGCAGCAGCGGUCCGUGCGACUCCCCUUUAUCCACAUGGGCCGUGGAGUUGUCAGAGACCAUGGCGUUCACCGUAAACAAGAUCAACGAGCGCCGUGACCUGCUGCCGAAAAUACGGCUCGGUUUUGACAUCCGAGACGACUGCUACACGGAGUCCAUGACGCUGUUCUCUGUGCUGUCCCUCAUGCGAUCCAACGGUCGGUUGGAGAUCCUCGAUGUGCCGCCGACUUCACCCGGGGAGAAAGGAGCGUUCCUCGGCGCCAUCGGUCCCGUGUCGAGCACCAACAGCAUUUUAUCCGGUAUGGUCGGCAGUCUUUUCCAAGUUCCCAUCAUUUCGUACUUGGCCACUAGUGACGAGCUGUCAGACAAGCGACGUUUCCCGUACUUUCUCAGAUCUACCCCUCCGGAUAAGCUUAACGCUCAAGCUAUAAUUGACCUUCUCCUGCACUAUAGAUGGGACUACGUUGCUCUGAUUUACUCGCUGGAUAGCUACGGCAUCCGUGGGGCACACGAGGUGCAAAAGCUGGCCGAGAAAAACGGCAUUUGCCUGGCCUUCUCCUCACCGAUCGCCAACGGUGCAACGGACACAGAGAUCGACGAAGUCGUGGACAAGUUAAAAAGGUACCGGUUCGCCACCGUGGUUAUCGUUUUUGCCGCAAGUGGCGCUCCAUACUCUAUCCUGGAUAAAUUUCGCCAACAGGUACCCGGUGCGAAUCUCACAUUCAUCGGCAGCGCUGCCUUUGAGUCCGCGUACAGACUGAAAAAGCUCGCCUUAUCGCAGAGUACCGUGGGUGGUAUGUUUUUACCAAUUCGCUACCAAGUAAUCAAUGAAUUCGAGGAAUACUUCAAGUCAAUCAAUGGCUCAGACGCGUCCGGGAGCAAAUGGUUCGCAGAAUUUCAGAGCGGAUGGUUGAGUCAAAACAACUGUUCCGUUCUGAGCCAGUGUCCACCACCGAGCAAUAAUGACGAAGUAUUCGUUGUUAAUGCAGUCAACAUCUUUGCACAUGGUCUUCACGAGGUGAUGAAUGUUUGUAUGGGGGACCUCCCCUGUAUGUAUAAUAUAACUGCACGGGGCGACCUCUUCCUGCCGUACCUACUCGGUGUCAACUUUCAAGGCGUCGACGGUCUGUUCCGUUUCGAAAGCAACGGUGAGCCGAUUGGACGUUAUGCAUUAAAGAACGUGCAAGUGAUAUCGGGGGAGAUACGCCCAGUACAGGUUGGUAUUUGGGACUCCCUGAAGCACAACGGACGGUUGGUAUUGGACGAAGAUGCGGUGAUUUGGGCGGGAAAUUCAAAAGUACCACCGAGGUCCACUUGUCGCGUACAGUGUGGGCCGGGUUUCAUUGCGGUGCCCUUACAGGAGAAAUGCUGCUGGGGGUGUCAACGGUGUCCCGAAAAUGCCAUCACCGCGAACGGUACCGUCUGUGAAGAAUGUGUGUCGACGCAUUGGCCUAAUCACGAUUCGACGCGGUGCAACGCCAUAGUGCCGACCGCGACCACCUGGGACAGCCCGUCAGCCCUUGCCGUACUUUUCUUCUCAACCACGGGUCUCGUUCUGUCCUCUGUGGUGGCCUUCGGUAUGAACCACUACCGCCGUCACGUCAUCAUCAAGAGUAGCAGUAGGGAGCUAAGUGCCGUUCAGACGGUAGGCAUUGUCCUGGCUUACGCUGCAGCUAUAGUGACCCUCGCCCGCCCAUCCGACGCCGCAUGCAACGCUAAGGUGACUAUGAUCUCGCUGAGUUUCACGGUGACCUUUUCGGCAACGCUGCUCAAGGUCAUCCGCAUCUAUCGUAUCUUCAAGGCGGCCAAGAAGUCCACAAAGCGGCCAUCUUUUGUGAGUCCUCGUGUUCAAAUUGCUGCUGCGUCCACUUUGGGCUCCAUACAGGUGGUUCUUUGCAUCAUUGGGAUCUUACUCCACUCUACGAAACCAACUCUCCUCAUCCCCACGCCUCCACGCAACCACAUCGAUCUCUUCUGCCAGUUAGGGUAUGCUUUCACGGCCAGCUGCGUCUACAACCUCUUUCUCAUCCUAGCGUGCUGCUACUUCGCUCUGAUGACUCGCAAAGUACCAAGCAACUACAACGAGUCCAAGUUCAUCGCGGCCAAUGUGUACUCCACUCUCGUCUUCUGCAUGGCUGCCCUACCGGUCUACAUCACCGCAACCUCGGCGAGCCAGAGGGUGGUCACUCUGUGCGUGGUGGUCCUUCUGAAUGCGUACAGCACCCUCUGCCUCGCCUUCAUGCCCAAGCUGUACGCUGCUCGCUUCUUGAAGACGAACGCCGCUUUGAACCAGUCGCAUAGUGUUGGGACGGGAGUCACCACGGCCGGGGGUCGAAGCGGUGGUGGGACCAUGCUUUCUCGCCCGAGUCGCGUCCAUCCCGCACAGGUCGAUGUGCCCGCUGAAAAAGUGCAGAGUACAUCUAAGAAUGGUGACGCACCGACGGAGUAA